GGCAGCUUGUUGACGAUUCCACUUCCAAUGCGGACUUGACACGCUACCUACUUAGUACCUGCACAAUAGGUACGGUACCUAGACCAAUCUAAGGUAGGCACAGACACUAGCAGUCACAGAUCUUUUCUCCGUCAAGGAAUAAAAAAGAGUACGACGUAUAUAGUAGUUCUCUAUUGGUCAUUGAGUCAUAUUCGGCCUCCCCUGGGCGGCGAAACAUGGCGAAAGGCUAUUUCGAUAAUAUUUCUAUUAUUUAUACUUUCCUUCUACCUGGUCCCACGUUACCCUGCCUACCUACUACUUACUUAGUAGAAACCGCGAUUUUACCUCUUUCCGGCUUAUUAUCCUGAACCACCUGAACCCUAAAUAGUGUUCUUACUAAAAAGGUCAACCUUUAUUUUCCAUCAACACUGCCCAAUAAGUUACCUACCUAGGUAGUUAUCUUGUUCCGGGAUUCGAUCUUCUAUAAUCAUACUACCCGUCCAUUGCAUUCAUAGAACAGACUCGGUUCAUACAUCAUGACUCCCACCGCAGUUCCAUCGACAGUCCACGACGGCGAGCAAGACCUGGACUUGACUUCUUCUGCUAUUGACCACAAACUAGCCGAAAAUGGUCAAUCCAACGGGACAUCCACAACAAACGUCCAGGAACUGGAUGCUUCCAAGCUCACUUACACCUUUACAGAGAAGCCUGGUGAUGUUCCUCCUCUAGGAGUCGACUCCAUCGACGGCGUAACGGUCUGCACGGACCAUAUGAUCACGGCAGCAUGGUCAGCCAAAUCUGGCUGGAAAACGCCGGAACUCAAACCCUACGGCCCCAUCUCCCUGAUGCCAACCGCUUCUGUACUUCACUACGCAACAGAAUGUUUCGAGGGUCUAAAGGCUUAUCGUGGCUAUGACGGCAAACUGCGCCUGUUCCGUCCCAAUUGUAACGCCGAACGUCUUCUCAUGUCUGCAACGCGCAUUAGUCUACCGGGCUUUUCUUCUGGCGAGGUAGAAAAGUUGAUUUUGGCCUUAAUGGCUGUGGAUGGGCCUAAAUGGUUACCUCGUGACCGUCCUGGUAGCUUCCUCUAUCUACGCCCGACUGUUAUCGGAACACAGGCGCAACUCGGCGUGCAGGCACCGUCCGAGGCUCUUCUAUACAUCAUUGCCACAUUCAUGCCCGUCUUACACUCGCCAGCUGGUGGCAUGAAACUACACACUUCACCAGACGACAUGGUGCGUGCGUGGGUUGGCGGAUUUGGGUAUGCGAAGGUGGGCGCAAACUAUGGCCCAUCUCUCCUGGCCACGAAAGAAGCUCGCGCCAGAGGAUUUGGCCAAAUCCUAUGGCUUUACGGCAACGAAGGCUACUGCACGGAAGCCGGUGCGAGUAAUUUCUUCGUGGUGUGGAAAACGAAGGAGGGCAAGACCGAAAUCGUCACAGCCCCGAUAGACGAUAGGCUAAUUCUGAACGGCGUUACGAGGCGCAGUCUGUUGCAAAUUGCUCGUGAGCGCUUAGAAGGCGAGAUUGAUGUGGUGGAGAGAAAGUACACCAUCCAAGAGGUGAUGGAUGCUAACGCGGAGGGACGACUGCUAGAAUCGUUUGCAGCUGGUACAGCGUUCUUUGUCUGCCCCGUAUCACUCAUCCACCACCGGGGCCAAGACAUCCAGAUCCCUAUGGGCAAAGCAGGCGAUGGCGGCCCUUACAGCUUGAAAAUAAAGGGCUGGCUCCAAGAUAUCAUGUACGGAAACGUAGAUCACCCAUGGGGUGUUGUCGUACAAGAGGAGCAAUAGAUCGCCUAAAUUUUCCGACGCCUAUUCGUGACUAUCCGAUAUCUUGGGUCGAUUGCCGUUACGAUCAGCCCAAUUUCCCUAGAUUUUCGUCAUCUAGAUCGUAUUUUCCGUUCGGGUUCCUGAGCCGCUACUAAAGUACGGCUUAUUCUAUU